AUGGCGGUUCCGUCGGGGCAGCAGCUGGCCAAGGUGACAGCUAGCAUCGACAUGCUCGAGCAACAGCUGCGGAGUUUGGCAGACAUGGCUGGAAGCUUGGAGCCCUCAGAUGCGAAGGAAUCCACCAGGGAGGUUAUGCACAGUCUUUCUGCACUGGAGCAUGAUCUGGAAGCUGCGAGGGAAGGCUCUGGUGGAGCAGAUCCCGAGCAGUGUCAAAAGCUGCAGAAGCGGAUCGCAGAUGCCACCACGAAGGCAUCGAGGUUGCGAGCGACAGCUUCGAACAAGCAUGCCCAGACGAUGGAGCCCGUGCGAACUGAAGUGGCGCAAGCCGUCCUUGCUCGCCUCUCUAAGCGAAAGGACGAGGACGUUGAUGUCUUUGCCAUCGCGGAUCAAGACAAGGAUGGCUUUGUCUCACGCAGUGAGUUCCAGAACUUCGUGAACGAUUGCCCUGGAAACUUUUCCAGGGAUCAGCUUAACAAGCUAUUUGACUAUUUGGACGACUCUCGCAUGGGCAGCCUUGAACGAGAUGAUUUCAUGCGUUGCACGAUCGUUUUCUAUCGUGUUUCACGGCCAAGUGUUGAUCUUGUGCAGACCAUGGGUGUGGCACAGGGCAAACUGGUACGAAAACUUGAUGUGAACGAAAUUCUGGAGUUGCUAGAGGGCCCAAUCAAAGAGAUCAACAAAGUUGUUCGGGUGAAGUGCCGCGCAAUGAAAGAUGGCGCUGUCGGCUGGGCGACAGCAACUGGAAGCAAUGGCGUUGUGUUUGUAGAGCAGAAGCGAGUCCACUUUCAGGUGAAGAGCCCCACAACCUUGACAGAUGUGUUGUCAGCCAAAGCUUGCACCACUGUUCGGCAGCUGAAAGAGGGCGAGCUGCUGGAAGUGUUGGUUUGGGAGAGAACUGAUCCUACAACAAGUCUCAGACGAUUAAAGGGGCGGGCCCUGCGUGACGGUGCCGUUGGUUGGGCCACAAUCGAAGGCAACAAAGGCACAAUGCACCUGACCAUGGCGCUCGGCAUGCUACUUGGUAUGCCUGUCAAUUCAUUACAGGCGACAUCGAUUACACAAAAUGCAGCAGUGGAUGCGUGUGCCAGGUCGCACAGGUGGCGGCGUGGAGUCGACCUUCUGAGAGGUUAUGAAGAUGCAGGUUUACAGCACGACGUUUUUGCGUGGACUCCAACCAUCAGUGCCUUUGGCAGACGCCGCAGAUGGAAGGAGGCCAUCUUACUGCUGGCGGAAGCUGCUUCCAGGAACCUAAGACCAACGGCGGUGACCAUAGCCGCUGCUGCUGCAGCAUUGGACAGAGGCUCCCAGGCCGAGGCGCUUCGGCUUGGAGCAGGAUCCUGCUGGGCAAUUGCUCUUGAACUGCUGUACACCACCUGGCACUGGCAACCCAGCGUCGAAGGUGCCAAUGCCGGUAUCAGCGCUUCCAGCCGCAUGGGCCUCUGGCGCACGGCGCUUGAUCUUGUGCAUCGUCUGCGCGUGAACCGCAUGAGGCCCAGUGAGGUGUCUUCGAAUGCAGCGGCCCACGCAAACACAGGGACGGGCAAGUGGAUUCAAGUCGUGACGUUGAUGAGCAGUCUUUCAGAAUCAUUGCUGCAGCCGAACGUGGUCAGCCUCGUAACGCUGUUGACCAGCAUGGCCAGAGGGGCCAGUUGGAGAAGGGCAUUGGCAGCAGCGGAAACUUUGGCAACCCGCGGCCUUCCAGCCAAUGCAGAGGCACAGAAUACGCUGCUGCUUGCGGUCAGUCGAGGAUCGAAUUGGGCUUUGGCAUUCUCUCGGUGGACUGCAUUCUGCACUGAUGUGGUGGGGACGAGUGCUACCAUGUCUGGAUUUGCCACCAGUGGGUUUUGGGAAGCGGCUCUCAAGUUACUCUGUGCAGCGAACGAAAGGAGACUCGAGGUCGACGACUUCGUCCUGAGCUCUGCGAACUGUGCUCUUUCCUCCACCGCGCGCUGGGAGUGGGCGCUGCGGCUUUUGCUUGCUGACUCGUCCGCUGGAUUCAGGGACAUGAAGCUGGACCUGGAGGCAACCGCCUGUGGGGCCUCUGCGAUGGCGUUGCAACGAAGCAGCAGCUGGGAAGAGGCACUCGGACUCUUAAACCAGCUGCAGCAUCGCAGCCAGGGUUUGACAUUGGCCACCUGCACAACAAUUGCGGAUGCUUGCAGCAGCAGAGAGAAGUGGAAAGAGGCGCUGCAGAUGUUGAAGGUUCUGAGCUCCUCACAGGCAGAGGCUGACGUGGUUUCGCUUGGACCAGCUCUUGAAGCAUCCGGAGCCGGGGGUCGCUGGCAGCUUGCUUUGCAACUACUUCAGCAGGCUUGCCUGGCAAACAUCGUGAUCAGUAAGAUUGCCCGUACCAUGGCUGUCACUGCGAUUGGACAGGCCUCCAAUCGCUGGAAAUGGGCGCUGCUGCUGUUGCAAGCACCCCUAGGCCCCGGUGUGCAGGCGGAUACAGUGGCACGGAACGCAGUGGUCUCGUCGCUAAGCUCCGGCAAUUGCUGGGUUGGAGCGACCCAGCUCCUUGACGAAGUGGCGCAGGGUGCAGAGGCCGGCCUUCUGCCGACCGGGUCAUUGCCCGGUUUUGCUGCCGCGAUAGCUGCAUGCACUGAGCAUGAACGAUGGAACCAGGCACUUGGUCUUCUGGAUGGUCUGACAAGCGGUGGACUGCUACCUGAUGUCGUAAGCUGCGGUUUGCUGCUGAUGGAGUGCGAGCAACAGGGCCUGAGAGCACGCGAGGUAGAGCUGCUGAGUCGACUGGCCGAUGACUUGCAGGUCUUCGAUGAGUCACCAUUCGCAAGCGAAGACAGAAAUGCUUGCCUGCUUGCCGUGCAUGCUCAUCAAGCAUGUCAGCAGUUCAUUGAAAUUCUUCUUGCAGGCCAUGACGCAGUUGAUGGCGCAAACAGACCGAAGCAUUUCACAAAGAAUGGAAGGUGCUCCGAACCAUCCUUCCCUGUAGUGCUGCAGGGUCUUGAAUGUGCUGCGUUCUAG